GUGGUUUGUGUGACCACGUGGUGUGCAUUGCGUUUGAAAAUGCAUUGAAAGCAUGUUUUGAGAGACCUAUUCAGUGAUCAUGUCUUCAAUCUUGUUGUUCACCAAACAUAUGUUGCGCUCAAACCUCAUGAGUGCCGGUUUGAAGGCCAACAAAACGCUGCUCAAGAGUCACACAUUUGGGAUCAGAUACUUGUUUACGGAUGAGAUUCUUGGUAUCAAUGGAUACCUGGAGACCAAGAAUCGGAUUAACACACAAUUCGGACAAUUAAGAGAGAAGUUCUUCGCCAGAAUGGAAGAGUUCACCACAAAUGAGUCCAAAAUGAUAUUCACCGAAGACCUCAAGAAUAUUGUGUUUUUGACACAAAAUAGUGAGAAAGAGUUGGAUCUAUUGGGCGGUGCCAUCAAGAAGUUUCACAACCAGAACCAGUCCUUACAGUUCGGGACAUUUGUUUUCGGGCCAAUUGUCUUAAGACUUCUGCACCACUUGUCUGAAUGGCAAUUAGCUCUUAAGCUCUUCAAAGAUCCUGAAUUGAAAGGAUUCUUCGGUCAAAUCAAAUCUGCGGUCAUUUUAAUGAAUCUACUGUUCAUUAACGGCAAGUAUGAGGAGUGUCGGGAAGUCUUCAGAUUAAUUCAAAAUGAGAUGCACUUUGAGUCGAAAUACCCGCGCGAUUGUCUACUCCUAUACAUAGCAUCCGCUUAUAAAAUAAAUAGUCAGGAAUCGUUUGAUGAGGCGCUGGAUGUGCUUAAGAAGGCUCGUGAGGCCGGAGCUGCCGUCUCGAGGAAGACGGUCUGUUUGUUCGCAGCUCUGGCUCUGAACCAGAAUCAGCCGAAUAUAGCACUGGAAGUGCUGUCAAUGAUUACACAAACCAAUUAUAUAACAGUGAAAAACUUGAGGCUUAUGGCGCUCUCAGAUCUCAAGCGUUUCGAUGACCUCUUCAUUACACUCAAACUGAUUAUCAAUCGAGACGUUCCCCAAAACAGGACCACCAGAGAGGAGAUAAUGGAUGAAACGUUGCAGAGAAUUAAGUCCCAAAUCAGUGAAUUAGAUGACAACAAAUUGGUGACAGAGUUGGCACAGAUCGAGAGGGGUCUCAUUGAUGGCAACCUAAUCACGAGUACGCCUUUGAGUGAUCUAUUGUUGACUCCCGUGGUGUUGAGGACUGACAUAACGCCUAGAGAUCGGCAACUGUUUGAGAGACAGAGAGGGUUUCGAAACCCAUCGAUACAACAGGACUAUAGACGUCGGACCAGCAAUAGAGCCAAUGAAGAGUUUUAGUAUUAAAUGAUUUAUAGUUUUUUAAUCAUUGAAUACAUUAAAUAAUCUUUGAUUAUCUUUAUAACAUUAUCAAUAUGUAUCGAUUUAUGCCAUUAUAUUACAGACC